AUGGAGGUCUUGCUACGAGCUGCAGACGAGCGCAUCAGCUGGAACUCUACAACCCCAGACGCAUCAAAGUAUGUGUUCUUACCUGGUAUUUACACAACCGUGGCACCCCAAACUGCUCCAACACAGCCACAACAUCAAGAGGAUGGCACACAUGAUUUGACCAAGAUAGCUCCCCUCAAGUCUGCAUUGUCAAUUCGGUCCUCGAUAGCUCAACUACCGUCAUCACCUACUCCAGUGGUGACUGAUUCCGCUAGUGAAGGCGACGGGAGUAAGAUCCGGAUUAUACUUCAUGGUGACAAUACGUUCGAGUACGUGUGGACUAUGAAGCGUAGCGGUGUUCGUGCGAUGGAGUUUGCAGUGGAAAUGGAAGGAAGAUGGACCAAACCGGUGCUGAAUCGGACUCGGAGAGGCCAGGAAGACCAACGUGUCAUCCUCUCCGCACAGCGAAUCCGCUUCCAACGGUUGUCGAGCUAUGACACGGAGACCCAAACCUGGAAAUUGUGUCUAAGAACGCUUACACGUCACGGUUCCGACUGGGCUAAUGUCGGAUUAACCGAGCGUGGCGUGCCUCCUAUAGUCAUGACCUUCCAGUGUUUGACUGGGUGUUUAGAAAGCACAGGUGCCGCUCUUCCUGCUCAGAUUUUGUCGAAUUCACCUGCAUGUCGUAUCCUGGCGGGUCUCACAAAGAAGAUCGCCAACAAGCUGGGAGCACCCGUGGACGUGAUGACCGAAAAAUGGUUACCAGCUCGGGGUGUGCGCCUAGCUCUGACUGAGGACGCUGGAGGCGUGAAAGUCAAGCAGUUCAACCCUUUCUACUGCCUAGCAGACACACUGCGUAGCAACUGUCAGUCGGAGCCAUUUCCGUCAACCAGUGCUUAA